AUGAGCAACGAGCAACAUCCUUUCCCCCAUAUUGAUGACCAUCCUGCGGAUGGAAAUGUGGACUUGGAGAAGCAAGAAGGCCCCAAUGAAAGAGGCCGCUCCCCGGAAGGCACCCCUCAACCAACCCACGUGGAGAAGGAGGGAGCUGACGGAGCGGCUGACGGCCAGGGAGGCAAAACAGAGCUGAAAGAAUUUGAGUGCUAUGAUAAACUGGGCUACAAUUUCUCGUGGUGGAAGAAAUGGGGGAUUAUCUCCGUCAUUUUCUUGGUGCAAACCUCGAUGAACUGGAAUGCGAGCUUCUACGCCAGCGGCAUUACCCUGUAUGCGAAACAUUUUCAUAUCUCCGAGCAAGCUGCCCGUGUAGGACAGAUGUCCUUCCUCGUGGCGUAUGCCUUUGGUAGUGAGUUUUGGGCGCCAUUCAGCGAAGAAUUCGGCCGGUGGCCUAUCAUGCAGCUGAGCUUGUUUCUCGUCAACAUCUGGCAGCUACCCUGCGCCCUGGCGCCAAACUUUGGCACCAUUAUCAUUUGCCGUACCUUGGGUGGUCUUUCAUCUGCUGGUGGCUCAGUGACUCUUGGUAUGGUUGCGGACAUGUGGGAGCCAGAGCAUCAACAAUGGGCCGUGGCCUAUGUUGUACUUUCUUCAGUGGCCGGCUCAGUGAUUGCUCCUAUCGUCGGUGGUUUCGUUGCAACUUUCCUCGACUGGCACUGGAACUUUUGGCUCCAGCUUAUUCUCGGAGGCUUUGCGCAGAUGGUGCAUUUCUGGGUGCCCGAGACCAGAUGCAGCAUUUUGGUCACCCGAGAGGCCCGACGAAGACGAAAAGCAGGUGACAUGGUCUGGAGUGGCGAUGAAAUCAAAGGGAAACGUCUUUCCUUUCGAUUUUUGUCCAUGGUUUGGGCACGUCCGUUCAUUAUGUUCAUACGAGAGCCCAUUGUCCUGUGGCUGUCGCUUCUGAGCGGUUUCAGUGACGCCUUGAUCUUCACUUUCUUGCAGUCAUAUACCUUGGUAUACAAGCAAUGGAAGUUCUCAACAAUUGAUGUUGGACUUGCAUUCAUCCCAAUCAUUAUUGGCUACUUCAUUGCAUACUUCUCGUUUUUGCCGUGGAUCCACCGUCAUUGCCGAAUCAGCGAACGGGAUCCUGAUGCACUCCAGCCAGAGGUUCGUCUGUAUUGGCUAUUAUAUGUCGCACCACUCUUGACAAUAGGUCUGUUUGGGUUUGCCUGGACCAGCCUUGGGCCUCCUCAUGUCCAUUGGAUUGCCCCUAUGAUAUUUUCGACCCUGAUUGCUAUUGCUAAUUACUCGAUCUACAUGGCGACAAUCGACUAUAUGAUCGCCUCGUACGGACCUUAUUCCGCUUCAGCCACGGGAGGAAAUGCUUUGGCACGCGAUUUUCUUGCCGGUAUUGCAGCAAUGUACUCCACGCCUAUGUAUAAGAAUAUGGGACACUCACACCCCCUCGAGUGGGCCUCUACUUUCCUGGCAUUUAUGUCAAUCGUCUUCAUCAUUCCGAUAUAUGUAUUUUAUUGGAAGGGCCCGAAAAUUCGGGAGUGGUCCCCAUUUGCGCAGACCUUGGCCGCCGACCGAAAGCAAGCUGGACGCAAGGUCUCCCAGUGCGGCUCCGGUGACCCAGAUCCUGUGCAGCGGUAUUUGUCUGGGAACUCAGGAAACUCGGGCCGUUCUGGGCCGUGCUAG